AGAAGACCAAUUUUAGGCUAUUUAUUGGUCAAUUUCCAAUAAUCGAUCUUUUUCCCCAUUUCCAAUGUUUUAGAAGCCGAAUAAUCUCCUCCUCGACCUCUUCUUUUUGCCAAAUUAGACCUCCCCAUUCAAUUCAAAUCUCCCAGGCCUAUAUCCCUUUUAUUCGUCCCAGCCCACUACAAGCAAAAUCAGUAGCCCCCUUCAUUUCAAUAUCAAAAUAUCCAGUCGACCCUGCCCCCCCCCCCUUUCCCUUUCAGCAAGAGAAACCCAGUACUCCACGCGCAAUAAUUCCGAUGGAGUGAGAAGCAGUGAUAGCGCAGAACAGGAUAAACCCAUUUUUUCUACUUUUUUCUUCACGCGCGAGGACAACUGGCUUUUGUCCUUUGCCCUUGCAGGUCGUACGUCGCAACAAUUUGCAGCAGAGCAGAAGCGCGCCUUGGUCCUUGUAGCACAGGAUCAAGCCACGCAAGGUAAUGAAGCCUGUCCUCAUAUUUUAUUGGUCCACAUGGGCCCAUAUUUCCACAUUCGAAUAGAUCCCUUAGAAGCCGAUGAAUAGGUCCCUAAAUUUGAAGAAUAUGGAGUCAAACCAAAGAGUUGAAGACUCAAGCUAAAAGCUCAAAUUUAUUUUUUUACUAAGCCUUGUAGUUUGUUCUUUUGGGCUUAAGCGCUUGUCUAUUUUUAUUUUCUGAAUGACUAUUAUUAUUGUAUUUUUAGUCUAGGACAGGUCCAAAUGAAAAUGGGUCGAAAAACCAAAAAAGUCAAAUGGGUUAAAACCAAAAGAUAAGUGGGUCCAAUACUAGUAAAGGCAAACAGAUUAUCCGGUUUUGGAUCCAAAUCUCUCUCCCUCUCUCUCUUUACUUGCUUUUUAUUGGUUAGUUCUAAAGGUUAGGAAAAUCCAACUCCCCACAAAACACCACUUUGAUUUUAAGACUCAAUCAAAUCAAGUAAACUGCCUAAAAUAUUUUACAAAUUAAAAUUGACUUAGAUAAAUAGUUUUCUCUUUCAAACAAAUUCCAAAAUGAUUUUCUUGGCUUUCUUUUUUCAAACAACUCUAAAGAUUAUUUUUAUCACAAUUGUAAGUCUUAUCCAAAUAUAAAGUUAGUUGUCGGAUAGCCAUAAUUAAGCGGAACGUCUUAGGUGCUUUCAAAAUCUUCUAAGACGUUAAUAAGAAUCCCUGAACCCUUUUAAAUAGUUUCAAAUGAUUUUAUCUGUUUAAGUCUUUUGAAAAUAAAGGUUUUCUUGUUUUUUCUCAAAAUAAAUGGCUUCUCUAAACAGUUGAAAACUCUUCAAAACGAAUGUUUUUUCUCUCGAUAAAAUAGAAAGGGCGACUCUUCUAGGGAGUUUGGAAGGUUCUACCCUUAAAACUAACAUUAUUUUGCUAUAAUUGUUUAAUUGUUUACUUUAUUAUUAUAAAUUGCUGCAUUUUUUCAUGGCAUAUUUCUGCCAAUAGGCAAGUAGUAUGCAUUAGAAAAAUGGAAGUUACGUGGUUUUCCACGGCUUUCAUAAAAAAUACACAAAAUUCAUUUGGCAGUAUCAAGCAAAUAAUCGGAAUGAGGUCAUCCGACGUUGUUUGAUAUCUUCACCCCGAUAUUUGUCCGACCCAGGUAACCAUCAACUUGAAACCUAUUCUAGUAAGCCUAGGCUAGAGCAAAACCAAAACCAAAAAUUAAGCAUUAUCCUAAGAUGGCUUAAUACCCAAUGUGUAUUAAGUCCAUUUAGUAGAAAAACGCCAAAAUAGUGUCUAAGGUCUUCGACCUCAUGACACAUCCUAUUAUUUGACAUUUGAAUUAUGUACGUGUGAAAACCAAUUUUGGGUGGGUAAACCUAACUAGCUUAUAUUUUAUAGAUAUGGAUCGUUUUCCAAAGUUUGAUAUGGUCAUAUCAGUGCCACCUCAACUCACGAUAUGGUAAAAUAAACAAGACGAGGAUCAUAGAAGAACCCUCAACAACUACGUGGAUGCUCUGACUUAAUUGAUCGACAUGAAUGGUUGGCCAGCACUAAUUGAGGUCCUUACGGGAUAUUAGGAUAGCCAAAGGAUGGUGUUUCAAUUUGGAACCGCCGAAAUUACCCCAACUUUGAAGGAGAUCUGAGACUGUAUAGACACAGUAGGUACUGGAAUAGAAAGGAAAGCGAGAAAACAAGAAGACAUCGUCAUCCCUAAUAAACCUUCUGUAAAAGAUAUUGCAGACUGGUUCGGGUUGCGGAAAGACUUUGCCUACUGGUGCCAAGAAUCCCAUGUAUCAUUCAGAGAUCUUUACAUCUGAUUUAGACAUGCAAGAUUCUACUCCACUUACAACUGAGAGUUCAAGGUUUUUUACAGAGAAUGGAACGAGAUUCGUCCUCUAGCAUUUGCUGUAGCUUUAUUGGGAACAGUGGUAUUUCGACAUGGUCCAAAUCUGAGUAUCAAUACAGGAGUUAUAACGCUCGUGCAUACCUUUUUCAAAAGGUAUGAAACCAAGGGACAACAAAGUACUAUCCUAUAGCUCCGGUCAUCCUGUCCGAUAUGUAUCGAGCCCUGGGAAAAUGCAAAGAGGGACAUCGAUACUUUCAAGGAUGUAACUUUCUCCUUCAAUAGUGGAUCCUCAUCCAUUUAGCGAAGGGCGCUGGGACUCGGGAGCUGCAUACUCUUGACAACAACAACACCCUUAAAGAUUUGAAUGACAUCUUGUACUGGGCGAAUAUGGACAAUCGGAGAACAAAGGGGAGAUGAUCUCAAAUUUUCUAUGAAUUGAGAGAAGAGGAUCUACAAUGGAUUCUUGACCAUUUUAUCUCCAAAAAAGUCAUCGUGGAGAGUUGCAGACAGAUUGUGCUUCCUCUCCCAGGUAUUCGGGGAAUUUACCCUUAUGCACCCUUUCGAGUCUUGCGAUUGUUUGGGAGGAGACAGACUGUACCCAAAGAAGCAUACUAUGGCGCUUAUGUAUAUGAUAUUAGAGAUGAUAGAGUGCACGACACGACUUAAAUAUUAAGAGAAUGGAAAAAUGCCAAGCGUAUGGAUAAAGACACCAUCUCCCUUGACUGAUUCAAUGCUGGAUAUGACGAGAGUUACAAAGAAUGGCUGAAGAAGGACAUACAAAACGUCUCCUCCAAAACCCCGCACAGCUUUCGCAGUGUAACAGACAGAGAAGUAGUGUCCGAGCUACAAGAGGUAAAGAAAGAGGCCCCAAGAGGUGUAUGGUAAGUUAGUCGACAACCAAGAUACUCUUGAGAGGGUAACUCAAGAAGUGGAAAGACUUAGGCAUGGUUAUGAUUCUUCCCAUACCUGGAUCAAGGAGAAAAUUGAGAGGAUGCGAUACGAAAGCUUGGAAGACAAAGGACGCCUGGGUGAAGGAUUCUUGUUGAUGUUAAGAUAUAUGUUUCAGCAAUACAAGACUCAGGGGGACAGCGACGGAGCAAGAUCAUCUGGAGCAGCAUAGUGGACUUCGCCCCUACGUGGUUUUUAUAUGUAUUUAUGUUGUUUUAUCCCCUGUGCGGGCCUGCCUUUAUUGCACUUUUAUAUGGCCCCUGCGUGGGUUCAUCUUUAAUAUUUUAUCCUCUAUUUUCCCCUUUUGUGAACAUUACUAUUCACUAGUGAAAUUUAUUUUGGGGGGAAUUGUUUAUUUGGUUCAAAUUCACACGCACAUCAUUCAAAUACGCUAGGCCUACCCUUGGCACAAAAGGGUCCAUAUGUAUGUGUUAGGACGCGAUAUAUGUGUGUUUAACUGCUUAUGUGUUAUUUUGCUAUGAAUGAGGAUAUCAUAAACCCACUCCUAUCCAGAAAUUUCUAAAAGAAUAUACAGAAGUCACUAUUACAAAUGUCCGACCAAAACUUUUUGAGUCUUAAGUUUAUCAUUCAAAAGACAAAUCCCAUCUCCAAACCCUAAAACACUAUUCUACCAUCUCAGGAAAGGCAAAAAGUCACUGCUAUCGACAAGGAUAAGAACAUCCGGAUGGAACUCACUGGAAAGAACCACAGACAAAGACCAAACAGAUCACUCGAGAAAGUCAAGAAUCCAAGUAGGAAGGGCUCAGAGUCGACAUGGCCACUGCAAUUAAUGAAGCUGCAACCCUGACGCUGGAUGAGGAUCUAGCGUCACAGAUGAAGAGAAAGAAAUAUGUUGAGAUGGAGACAGAGGAUAUGCGAGAGAAGUUGGACAUGCUCCAAUUGAAAGUGCAAGAAAGAGAAGCGAGAGAGGCGAGGAUAGAAUUGGAGACUGCCGCUCUGUUAGCUAAAAGCAUGUCCCUUGAUGAAGAGCUGACAGUGGAAAUGGAAGAAUUCGUCUCUAUGAGAGAAAGGAUGGACGCACUGAGGAGGAAGAACAAAGCCUACCAUAGCAACAUGAUUGAUAAACUUCGGAAAAAAGGCAAAAAAUACCACGUCUACGAGCAAGGAGUCAAUGGUGGUCCCAAUAAAGCUCACCCUGAAGCGACUGAGGAAGACGACGACGAGGAAAUCGUCUACAAACCUCUUUUCUUAGGCCGUCCAAAGGGAGGAGAUUAAUGUUGAAACAAGAAGGCAAAUGACUAACGUGUCAUCAUCAUUUUAUCGUUAAAAAAUCUCUAUUGUUGCCUUUCAAUUUCCUUGAAAUAUCAAUGAAUGAAUGAAUAUAUUUUAUUUUUUACUCGAA